AUGACUUCACAAGCAGACUACAAGGACCGGCAGUUCCUUGCCGUGAUUGGCGACGAGGACUCGGUUACCGGCCUCCUCCUCGCAGGCAUCGGGCACGUCAGCACGGGUGCCGACCAGGAGAAGAACUUCUUGGUGGUGGAUAGCAAGACUGAUACCGCUGCGAUCGAGUCUGCGUUUGAAUCAUUUACGUCGAGGAAGGAUAUUGGCAUCGUCCUCAUCAAUCAGCACGUUGCCGACCGCAUAAGACACCGCAUCGAUACCUAUACAGCCGCAUUCCCGACCGUGCUGGAGAUACCGUCCAAGGACCACCCGUACGACCCAGAGAAGGACAGCGUCUUGCGCAGGGUGCGCAGAUUGUUUGGAGAGUAG